AAAGGGGCGGAGCCUCAAUGGGGAGCCCCGGCUUCUCUGCCGCCGUCUCUCCAUUCCUCUCCUUUCCUCAAGAAGGAGCGAGCGGUGCGGCUCCGGAGCAAUGGCCGCGUUCCUCGGCGGAGGAGGAGGAGAGAGAGGGGGAGGAGGAGGGAGCCUCGGCGGCGGCGGCGGGCUUUGUCCGUGGCCUCGCUCCCCUCCGGGCUCGGCUCUGGGCUGGGAGCCGCUGCUGCCGGGGCUGCAGAUCCGCUCGCGCUCGGUGGAGCAGACGCUGGUGCCGCUGGUGGCGCAGAUAACCACUCUCAUUAACCACAAAGAUAAGCCAAAGCGAUCAGACAAGACUUUGAGAGCAGUCCAGCAAGUGGGUCAAGCGGUUAAUUUGGCUGUUGGAAGAUUCGUUAUGGUGGGUGAAGCCAUAGCCAGUGAGAACCAAGAGCUGAAAGAGGAAAUGAAGAUUGCCUGCACUGAAGCAAAGCAAGCGGGGGAAACAAUUGCACAGCUUACCGACAUAGCAGUUUUGGAUCAUCCAGAAUCCGAUGGCCAGAUAACCAUUUUUACAGACAAAACAGAUGUGGUUAAGGCUGCAAGAUUGCUUCUUUCUUCAGUGACAAAAGUAUUGGUACUGGCUGACAGAAUAGUUGUUAAGCAGAUUAUAAAUUCUAGAAACAAGGUCCUUUUAACCAUGGAGCGGCUAGAAAAAGUUAGCAGUUUUCAGGAGUUUGUGCAAAUAUUCAGUCAGUUUGGAAAUGAAAUGGUAGAAUUUGCUCAUCUAACUGGAGAUCGACAAAAUGAUCUAAAAGAUGAAAAGAAAAAGGCUAAGAUGGCAGCUGCUAGGACAAUUCUUGAGAAAUGCACAAUGAUGCUUCUCACAGCUUCCAAGACCUGUUUAAGGCAUCCCGACUGUGAAUCUGCACGUGUAAACAAAGGAGCUGUGUUCUACAGAAUGAGACUAGCUUUGGAGCAGGUAAUAGAGAUUGUAACAGACUCUCGACUCAGUGGAGAGAACGAACCAGGGCCAGUGAGCAUCUACACUGGCAUCAAGGAAUUCAAGACUAAAGUGGAAGGUUUACGAGAUAACAUUUAUAAUCUAUCAAAGGAGAACCUUUGGGCAAUGCUGCGUGUUGUCCUUGAACAUACAGAAGAUUUUACAGAUUCUGCUUACACUAGCCAUGAGAACAGGGAACGCAUCUUGGAGCUGGCCAAGCAAGCUAAGAUGGAAACGGAGCAGUUGGUGUCAACAUGGAUGUAUGCUCAAAGUCAGAAAAAGAAGGAUGUCACAGAAGAUCUGGAAUUAGCCAUAUUGAAAACGUGUCAGUGUAUGAACGAGCUUAACAGAGAACUCCACGGUGUAGCAACUUCUGUCGCAGCAGACCUGAUAAAGUAUCAUUCAGAUCACCUCAUUCUGAAAGCACUGAAAAUCUGUGGCGCUGAAGGAAACAUAGAAGCUGUUGCAGAACAUAGCUGUAAGCUGUCUGAACAGAAAGAACAACUGAUUGAAAUAUGUCAUUUACUGAGACAUGUAUCUGGAACAGAGCCACUUGAAAUUACUUGUCUACAUGCAGAAGACACAUUUCAGGUGACUGGGCCUCAGAUAAUCUCUGCUGCCGAAACUCUGACUUUGCAUCCUUCCAGUAAGAUUGCAAAAGAAAAUCUGGAUGUCUUUUGUGAGGCUUGGGAGUCCCAGCUGAGCGAUAUGUCCCUGCUCCUAAGAGAAAUCAGCGAUGUGUUUGAAGGAAGACGAGGAGAGAAGCGUGCAUACCUGUCACUACCAAGGCCAGGGAAACAUAAUUCAAAUUUGAAAGCCUUAAAGCCAGUCAGGCUCGACAGUGAGGAACAAAACAAACUUGGGAAAGUAGGCUUAGAACUGCAUAAGCUGGCAAUUCGUGUUGACUCUGAGAUGGAGAAAUGGGAAGACCCAGAAAAUGAGAUUGUACGACAUGCUCAAGGCUUAUCUAGCAUGGCUUAUUCCAUGUAUUUAUUUACAAGAGGGGAGGGGUUGCUGAAGACAACCCAGGAUUUAUUUCAACAAUCAGAGGCCUUUGCAACAGAAGGAUUAAAACUUGCCUCGACUCUUCUUUCAUUUUCUAAUCAGCUAGAAGAUGAUGACAAACCGUUGCUUCUGCAAGAAAUUGACAAGAUGGUCCCCACAUAUAAACAGCUUCAGGUGACAGCUAAAAAUCCUGUCCAGGGUAAGACUGCAACUUUUACAAAGGUAGACACCUGUAUUCACAAUGUAAAGUGUAUUCUGGAUAUCCUGGCUCAAGUUCUUCCACUCAGCUGUAAGUUGCUGAGAAAGGUGGAGCUUCAUCAAUCAUGGAACUAACUGGCUGUGUUUCAAGUUCCUUAAUUUACAAAGUUGUUGCCUUUGACUAUAUAAACAUACCACCUUGCACCCAGGAUUCUGUUUGGUUCAUUGGGUUUUUUUCUCUCAUAUGCAUUUUUCUUGCCAUGAACUUUGUAAUUCCUCACCUCCUUUGCUCUCCCAUAAUGCAGUUCCCAAGUUUCCAAUUUUGGGAUUGUUACUUUGGUCUUGUUGCAUCUUAAUUAAACCCAAGAUAUUCAAUCCAUUCAUUACACAUAUUGGAGCCCCCCGAUGGCACAAUGGGUUAAACUCUUCUGUCAGCAGGAUUGCUGCCCGAAAGGUCGGCGGUCGAAUCCGGGGAGCAGAAUGAGUUCCCGUCUGUUAGCUCCAGCUUCCCAUGUGGGGACAUGAUAGAAGCCUCCCACAGGAUGGUAAAACAUCUGGACGUCUCCUGGGCAAUGUCCUUGAAGACAGCCAAUUCUCUCACACCAGAAGCAACCUGCAGUUUCUCAAGUCGCUCCUGACACGGAAAAAAAAUUACACGUAUUUUAAUAUUGGUCAUUCCUCCUUUCUCUGCACUUUUGCCUGGCCUUAGAAUAGAAGCCAAACAAGUGUGUGUGUGUGUGUGUUGGGGGGGGGGGGGGUAGGAUCCCCAGUUCUAUUCAAUUUUGAGAUGCAAAAUGGAGCUGUAUGGCAUUUUCAGUUCUUCAGUCACCCCAAUUGUAUCUCUACUUUCACCUGAGGCUUGUGCCAAAAGAUACAGAGUGUGAAGGAAUGUCCUGAGGACCAGGCGCACAUCUGAAAUAGGGACAGCUGAGUUUGCUGGUUAAGAUUUUAGCUCUAGCAUUGGCUGGCAAGCAUUGUACCCAUUCAAGUGUGUGCUUCAAUGCUAAAAUCCCCAACAAGAAAAUAGUACCAAGUUUGAUUAAAAGUUAUCAAAUUUAGGAAUUAUUUUCAAUAAACACAUGACAAAUUAUGCAAUUUAAAUAAAAGCUUUUAUUGAUACUGAGGAAUGGAAAAGUAUUUUGGCAGUGCUCCUUUAGAAUCAUAGAGAAUCAUAGAAUCAUAGAAUAGUAGAGUUGGAAGAGACCUCAAGGGCCAUCUAGUCCAACCCCCCGCUAAGAAGCAGGAAAUCGCAUUCAAAGCACCCCCGACAGAUGGCCAUCCAGCCUCUGCUUAAAAGCUUCCAAAGAAGGUGCCUCCACCACAUUCCGGGGGAGAGAGUUCCACUGCCGAACAGCCCUCACAGUGAGGAAGUUCUUCCUGAUGUUCAGGUGGAAUCUCCUUUCCUGUAGUUUGAAGCCAUUGUUCCGUGUCCUAGUCUGCAGGGCAGCAGAAAAUAAGCUUGCUCCCUCCUCCCUAUGACUUCCCCUCACAUAUUUGUACAUGGCUAUCAUGUCUCCUCUCAGCCUUCUCUUCUGCAGGCUAAACAUGCCCAGCUCUUUAAGCCUCUCCUCAUAGGGCUUGUUCUCCAGACCCUUAAUCAUUUUAGUUGCCCUCCUCUGGACGCUUUCCAGCUUGUCAGCAUCUCCCUUCAUCUGCGGUGCCCAAAACUGGACACAGUAUUCCAGGUGUGGUCUGACCAAGGCAGAAUAGAGGGGGAGCAUGACUUCCCUGGAUCUAGACGUUAUUCCCCUAUUGAUGCAGGCCAAAAUCCCAUUGGCUUUUUUAGCUGCCGCAUCACAUUGUAGGCUCAUGUUUAACUUGUUGUCCACGAGGACUCCAAGAUCUUUUUCGCACACACUGCUGUCAAGCCAGGCGUCCCCCAUUCUGUAUCUUUGAUUUCCAUUUUUUCUGCCGAAGUGAAGUAUUUUGCAUUUGUCCCUGUUGAACUUCAUUUUGUUAGUUUCGGCCCAUCUCUCUAGUCUGUCAAGAUCGUUUUGAAUUCUGCUCCUGUCUUCUGGAGUGUUAGCUAUCCCUCCGAGUUUGGUGUCAUCUGCAAACUUGAUGAUCGUGCCUUCUAACCCUUCGUCUAAGUCGUCUAAGUCUUUAAAUACAACAGUGCUGUUAUAAUCCAAUCAGGUUUUGUUCAUACCACUGGAAGUUAUUUAAGCAAAUACUUGAUACUUCAUAUACUUAAAGCCCGGUUUUAUUGGGUCUCAUCUGGCUGGAAAAAAUUUUUUUUAAACUUUCCCAUCAUGCUGUUCCAGUUUUACAGUAUUUUUCCCAAUUCUUGACUCCUUUCUCAAGUAUGAAAGUUCAUAAAGUCACUUUAUUAUGGGAUAUACUGGAAUCUAUAUUAUACAAUUCAUAUUUCUGCUAUGAAAUGUAUUUAGUUCUCACUCUGUAUUGUAUCAUGAAGUGUGAUUAAACGUUUUGCCAACA